AUGGAGGUUCCUAUGGUUUGGAAUAUUGUGCAUGAUGUUGUCCGCUAUAACAAGGAUUGCAAAGUUGAUGCUCAUGAAGAGCAUGAUCUCGUCGAUACAUCAUAUGCCUUGGAGAACUCAAAAGUCAGUGAAAGCUUCUUGCUGAUGAAAUUCUACUCUUUAUCAUCUGGAAUGGCAAAGCAUUUGCUGACAGCUACUGAUGGGUCCGAAAUCAACAUCCCCUUUGAACUGACUGAUGAAGAAUUUGGCACCAGUGAUGUCUCUGACCAGCCUAGCAUUCUUCACAUGCAUGACAUCAUGGAUGACCUGGAAGAGUUUACAGAAAUUCCUGACAGUUUUUGUGAUCUACCUCACGGGCACUAUCCUCUUACUAUAACAUAUCACAAGUUUUUGAUGAUGCUUGAUGGAACAUGCCAGACAUCUUUUUUCGAUGCGUUUUAUGGUGAAAUGAAGUCUAGCUUUGAGAGAGGCCAUUCAAGAUCUCGUGCAGUGCAAACUUUUAUUGAAUUGAAGGAAGUUACCUAUGAAAAAUUUGUUACCUUCUACUGGCCUCGUUUUAAUGCAGACCUGACAAAGAAAUUUGCUGCGUCUACUGUCUUCACUGAAAUAAUUUCUCAUAUAAAGGGCGCGUAUCAAGCAAGCAGGCCUUAUACUGGCAAACUGGGAAGACAAGGUUAUGUGAUGCUCGCAGACAAAAGAUUUUCAUCUUUGAACAAUGAGAAGAGAGAUAUAAUUUAUGAUAUAUUCCUUGAAUAUGAGAGUAUGAAAUGCACUGCCAGGGAGUUUGAUUUGUCAGAUUUCGUCAAUAGUCUUCACAGCAGUCUUGUAUCCGAGGGCUACAAUGGAGAUAUGGUGGAUUUUGUUUACAUAGAUGAGGUGCAGGAUCUCACCAUGACACAAAUAGCACUUAUUAAGUAUGUCUGUGUGAACAUCAAGGAAGGCUUCCUUUUUGCUGGUGACACUGCACAGACUAUAGCAAGGGGUAUUGAUUUCAGGUUUGAAGAUAUCCGUUCACUUUUUUAUACUGCAUUCCUCCCAGAAACUGAAGCGUCUAAUGAAGGACUUAAACAUCGGAAAAGAGUACAUCUCUCAGAUAUGUUCCAACUAUCUCAGAAUUUCCGCACACACUCUGGCAUCCUCCGUAUGGCACAAAGUAUCAUGAGCCUUCUUUACUUCUUUUUCCCGUCAAGUGUUGACAAGCUUAAUCCAGAGACUGGACUUGUACAUGGAGAAGCUCCUGUGCUGCUGGAGUCUGAUAACGAUGAGAAUGCAAUUAUGACUAUUUUUGGAGAAAGCAAAAGUAAACAUGGUAACCUGCAUGGGUUUGGUGCUGAGCAAGUCAUAUUAGUUCGUGAUGAUGCUACCAAAAAACAAAUUAUUGAUAUUGUUGGUAAACAAGCUCUUGUUUUGACUAUUGUUGAAUGUAAGGGCCUUGAGUUUCAGGCAAUGCAGACAGGGAGCAGCAGUGAUGAUUGGAGGCUACGGGGAAUCAAGGUAUGGUCUAUAUGCAAAAGUGUGGUACUUCUAGACUUGAGGAAGCUGGUGACUGUUUUGCUAAGGCUGAAUGCUGGUCGGAGGCGGCUGAAAUGUUCUUGA